CCGCAGCUAUGCCCGGUUUGGCGGGUUUUUGGCGGGCAGCCGACGCGUCCCGGAUCAUUGCUAAUCCGCUCCGCCCCACUUCAUCCUGCAAAACAAGACCAGCUGUCCCCAGAGACCUGCCUUUUCUCCCUCAACCACUAUCUAAAUAUGCUUGGCGCUCCAUGCUAUCUCUACUUGCUGUUUGCACCUCCUUUUCAGCGUGGUCUUGAGGGGAAAGAGUUUUGGAGGCUCGUCUGCGCUCUGCUGCAUAUACUGUGGACGUCGUGGACAGCCCAAGAUACGCGCUGCGCGUCUGCUGUGUGUACGGGCACACUGCUGCGGCACCAAUUCUGCCAUCUAUUCCGCUUCCGUCUGUAUAGAUGCUGAGGUCUUGAUCCGUCGCAGUCUCCCUGUCGUGUCGCUUCCG